AUGGCACCUCCUUACCAAGUGCUCUCCAUACCAACCGCUCCCCCGCCGCCUCCUCCGGCGCCUCUGCGUCACUCAGCACCUGUCGAGGACACGCCCAAGAAGCCGUUGACCCUCGCGUGCUUCUUCUGCCGUAAGCGCAAGAUUGCGUGUGGUAGUCCUCCCCCGGGGAAGAAGGACAGGACGUGCAAUCAAUGCGCGAGGCGCAAUCUCAAGUGUGUCUACCCCGAGGCUUCGCGACGCGGGAUGAGGCCGAAGCUCCUGUACGAUGCCCGAGAUACAUUGACCGUUCCAACGAUCCCCGCCAUCCUGUCAUGA